AGUUUCAGCUUCUUUGUGUUGGUAGUGAUUAAGAAGAGUGUUUUAUUUAAUCAAUACUCUAUUACUUUUCACGAUUCGUCUGGUCGCUAAAGGAUCUGAUUUUGCGAGACAAAAGCCAUGACGUCAUAAUGGCAAUAAACAUCUGGAUAGCCAGAUUGGAGAUUCUAUCUGGGGAAAGGAGGUAGCAGGAGAUAGGCUUUGCAUUUCGAGAAAUAUGAAAAGUAGUUAUUUAAGAAAUACGAUUAUUUAAGAAAGACCCGUAGUAAAUUAAAAGAAGCAGGUAAAAUAUUAAAGUAGUCGAUAAUUCACAAUUACAAUGAAUAAUACCAGCGAGUCCUGGGACGAAAUGGAGGCAACAUCUGCACUCAAUGACUCCAAAAGUGAGAAGAAAAGCAGCUGGAAAUGCGAUCCAAAGUAUUUGCCCCUAAAAGUGCUCUACUACUUUUUCAUUGCAGGUGAAGCGUCAACUUUGGUGUUUCAAUCUGUCUACAUGAAACAUCUUGGUUUGUCUACGAAGCAAACCGGUAUGUUGUGGGCAUUACACAGAUCGGUUGGUGUAGUGGCCACACCACUUAGUGGAGCGGUUGCUGACAAAACCGGAAAGCCAAAGACGGUUCUGUGUACUCUGCUGGCUUGUUCUGCCAUCGUAGCAAUGAGCAUGGCUUUUGUUCCCAUAGAACAACAACAGAAUACGUUUGUAACCAACUCGACUGGAUUGGUUUGCUACGGAAGUAGUUUGACCAACCAGUCCAGCUUCGUAAACCAACAUCAUGAAAAAAUCAUGACAAAAUGCACCAGCAAUACCUCCAUUGGAACCAAUGUGGAAAUAAAGGAUGUCAGCAACUAUUCAGAUCAUCGAUUCCAAUUCAUCAUUGAACCUUGUGAUUGUUCAGCUAUCAAAUCAAUAAAAUUAAAUCAUUCUGGGCUCUCCUGUGCAGGUUUCUGCGAUGAUGCUGAAGAACGAGAAGACCAGGUUGAUUGCUACGGAAUUACUUUUUGGUCAAUGUUCUGCUUAUUCUUAUUGGCAUCUGUGUUCUACCCGGGAUGCACGCCAGCCAUUGAUGCAAGUUCCUUUGCCAUUUUGGGCAAAAGCAUGAGCCAUAAGUUUGGCCAACAACGACUGUUUGGCUCCAUCGGAUUUGGUACAGCCGCUUUUAUCAUUGGAACCAUCAAAAACACUAUUUCAUCCAACAUGGCUGAUCCAUCGUCGUCAAACCUUCCAUUUUAUCCCGCUUUCUUCGGAGCUCUCUUCUUCUGGUUAACUUCUGCUGUUGUGGCUUCAAAACUUGCCAUAUCAAACUCUAAGUCUCAGCCUAUCGCACUCUCCAAUAUAAAGGUAAUCCUUCAAAACGGCCAGAUACUUUCGUUUCUGAUAUUUAUCGCCCUGUUCUUCGGAUAUGCUCAUGCGGUCACUUUCAGCUACGAAUACUGGCUUUUGGAGGAAAAGCUUCACGCAUCGUCACUCGUACUUGGCAUGGCUUCACUUGUCGGAUCACUCUCGGACAUCCCAUGCUACUUGCUAUCCGGAUAUUUUAUUAGGAGAUUUGGACACAAAAUCGUGCUUAUCUUCGGGAUGAUGACCUUUACCCUUCGUUUGUUUUUGUUUACCGUGAUAACUGCGGCUUGGCAAAUAAUACUGGUCGACGUGUUAUAUGGAAUUACAUGGGGCAUGAAUUGGUCGGUGAUAUGCAGUUACGCAUCGGUGAUCAGUCCACCUUCGCUGGAAUAUACUACGAUGGCUGUUGUGCAGACAACGACGCAUGGGAUAGGUUGGAGCACUGGGGCGCUCCUUGGAGGUCACAUUUUUAGUGUAAUGGGAAGCGAGUGGAUGUUUCGUGUUACAGCAGUGAUGGUUGCUUGUGCAGUUGUUUUAUAUGCAAUUAUUGUCACCUGCUACCACGUCAAGAUUUCGAGACAGUCGAAACAGCAAACUUUCAAAACUCAAACUAAAACAGCAGAUAUAAAUGGAAAUAACAUGUGUCAAAACGAAAUGUUGUAUGUAGACCCGGGAGCUGUAUAAACAGUUGCAUAUUGAUUAAGGGGAAUAACUUCUUGUUUUAAUACAGCAUUAAGUUGCGACAUUAAAACAUCAAUUUUCACAGUACUA